UGAGUCAGCCUGCACUGGUAGGAACCAUUGUUUCUAGUUGUGUUUUUUUGGUUCCUGUCGACUAUAUAUCGUAUCGGAACAAAGCAGUGGUGGAUCAUCGAGGUUGUUUCAAACACAGAGCUCCUGUUUGGUGUCGUGAUACUGCAGAUUUCUGCACGUGAACUCAACUCGUGCUGUCCCUUCAUUGCACGCACGCACGCACGCGCGCGCACGCCACUGUACACAACCAGCCUGAAGCAGCUGCUCAGACAGACGAUUAACCAUGACUUCACUGGGGAGCAGCAGCUCUUCAGCCACAGAAUACACCGUGCGGGUCCCCAAGAACACCAGCAAGAAGUACAACAUAAUGGCUUUCAAUGCAGGAGACAGAGUCAACUGUUCAACCUGGACGCAGGCCCGUAUGGAAAGAGACAUGAGCGCUCGGCGGAUAUACGGCGAGGAAGAGACGCAGGAAGGUGCGGCUGGCAGUGAGUUUGGCAAAAAACAACGCGAGGAAGCGCGGCGGAAGAAGUUUGGCAUCGUGACACGUGAGUUCAAAGUGGAGGACCAGCCCUGGAUCCUCAAGGUCAACGGCAAGGCCGGCAAAAGGUUCAAAGGUCAGAAGAAGGGCGGCGUUACAGAAAAUGCAUCCUACUACAUCUUUACACAGUGUCCUGAUGGAGCGUUCGAGGCUUUCCCCGUCCACGGCUGGUACAACUUCACCCCACUGGCCAAGCACCGAACUCUUACUGCUGAGGAGGCUGAGGAGGAGUGGGGCAGGAGGAACAAGGUGGUAAACCACUUCAGCAUCAUGCUGCAGAGACGUUUCCGAGAGCAGGAGCGUGGUGAGGAUGAUGAAGACGAGGGAGAGAAGUCAGGGAAGAAGAAAAAGAAGGGGGGUGGGCGAGGGGGCGACCUGCGCAUUCAUGACCUGGAAGACGACCUGGAGAUGAGCAGCGAUGACAGUGACAGCAGCAUGGGGGACGAUGGAGAGAGCAAAACAAAGGCGAAGAAAGACACGGGCAAAGGAAAGGGAAAGAAGAAGAAGAAGAAGAGCAGUGAAGAGGCCCUGGAGGACAGUGAUGACGGCGACUACGAGGGUCUAGAGGUGGACUACAUGUCAGAUGAAAGCAGUUCAGAUGAAGAACCAGAAAAGGGAGUAAAACCCAGCAAGGGAGAGGACCUUCCUAAAGGCAUUGAUGAGGCGUCUGAAAGUGAGGAAGAGAGCGAGGAGGAGAAGCCAAAUGAAGAGGAAGCGAAAGAGGAGGAAGAAGAAGAGGAGGGAAAGAAAACCCCGGUCCAAGUGGAAAAGAAGAAGAAAAAAGACAGCAGCGGAGAGUCGGACAGCUCAGACGACAGUGACAUCGAGGGAGAGACGGCUUCUGCUCUAUUUAUGAAGAAGCGCACACCUCCUAAACGUGCAGGUGGGCGUGGUUCUGCAGGCAGCUCCAGAACUGGCAGUCGCCCCGGGACACCAUCCAUAGACUCUGCUUCUACCUCCAGUACACUCCGUGCUGCUGCAAGCAAGCUAGAGCAAGGGAAAAGACAGACUCAGGGUCCUGCCACUGACUCACCAGCUGCCAAAAGGUUGAAGAUGGAGCCGAGCAGUCAGAGCCCUGCUCCUUCUGGGAAGAGUACGCCUCAACCCCCAUCGGGCAAAUCCACUCCUAGCUCAAGUGAUGUGCAACUAACAGAGGAAGCAGUCCGGCGGUACCUGAUCCGUAAACCGAUGACCACCAAAGACCUGCUGAAGAAGUUCCAGACCAAGCGCACAGGUUUAAGCAGUGAGCAGACUGUCAAUGUGCUGGCACAGAUCCUGAAGCGCCUAAACCCAGAGCGCAAAAAUGUCAAUGACAAAAUGCACUUCUACCUCACUGAAUAACCGAUGGAAGGGAGGGAUGCAACGGGUGGCUGGGUGGGCGGUGAAGAGGAUUGAGAAGAGAAGGAGAGGCUGAAAAUGAAAACUGCAUUUUACCCCUGAAGGAGAGGUUUUGUGUUUAAUGUUGUGACAUGCCACAGUGUCAAGGAUUAAAAGCCACUUCAUGGGAGGCAUUUAUCAAAAAGUAUUUUGUUAUGUAUCUUGAAUUUGUUUUUCAUAGUCUGAAAUAUCUCUGUAAAUAACAGGAACAGUGUUAAUGAGUGAGCUGAGUGAAAAGCAGCUUAGUUUCUUGUUUAAGGUAGAACUUGAUAAAUAAAAAAGUCUCAAACUGUUUUUUUCUUAGGUAGAAACAUUUGUAAUAAAAUUUUAAAUCUGCUACUGUGUAUGGGUUUUCUCCAAGAAACCAAGAAACCAAGGGUUUCUCAAUUUAACCUCAGGAUUCCUGCAUAACCCCCUUCCCCAUUUCCCCAUUUUAUAUAAAAAACAACACCCCAAAGAAGUGGUUUAAAUGUGAAUUUAUUAUUGAGACACUAGUGUGUGGAAUAGUGCAAUGUUAAUAGCAUUAGAUAAAAGUAUAGAAAAUCAUUUAUUUCUCAAUCUCAUUCUAAAUCAUUCAGUUUUAUUGGGAUAGAAUUACAUUAUUCAUAAAUCAUUACAUUAGAUAAGAAAGGUGUAAGUGAUAACCCUGAUGUGAAAUUCCAGAGAUUAAAAGAAGGCUUCAAUGUACUGAAGAAUAUGUCUAUGAUCGGUUAA